UCAUGCCAUCACGCCAACCCCCAACUCAACAACGUUAGACGACCGUCCCCUUCCCCUUACCCUCACCACCGGUUUUGGUAUCCGCGGCUACCGCUUCCUCUUGGCGCCGGCCCCCACCAGCGUUGGGUAGGGCACGGCCCCAUGGUCAUCUCGGCGGAAACGCCAACCCGGCCGGCGGAUCCCGCUGCAGAGUCGACGGCGGUGGCGGCGGCCGGUGCUACGGCUCCUCGUGGGGAGGCGAAGGGGUCCCUCCUCCAUAACUUCUCCUUCCCGAUCUUGAAGACGUGGGGGAGCCACCGGGUGCUGCGCUGCAUGAGCGUGAACGGGAAGCGGGAGGUCGUCGCUGGCGGUGGACGAAGGUCGGCCGUCCCCCCGGAGCCUGCUGGGCCGCGGAUCCAUGAGGAGGUGGAGAGUGAGGACGGCGACGACCCCGGGAUCGAGGAGGUCAGGGAGAAGCUGCUGGUUCACCUCCGGGAGGCGGCGGACCGGAUGAAACUGGUCGUACCGUCGCCGCCCAAGGAUGCGGGCCGCAAGGCGCAGCCGGCACCGGCGCAGGAGGAGAGGCUGGAUCCGGAGGUGGGUACAUCGGCUGCGCCUCCGGCGCGGCCGUGGAACCUUAGGACGAGGCGCGGGGCAGCGCGGGCUUCGACGGGGGUCGAGUGGCACCUGAGCGGGUCGCCGCCGGGUCAGGUGGUUAAGAGGACGGUGCGGCGGAGGUCGGAGGACCCCUGGUGGAGGGAGCGGCCCAAGUUCUCGAUCUCGCUCACGAGAGAGGAGAUCGAGGAGGACAUCUACGCCGUGACGGGCCGCAGGGCUCGUCAACGGCCGAGAAAGCGGGCGAGGGUUGUCCAAAAGCAGCUCGACGCGUUGCUCCCCGGUUCGUGGCUCACGGAGAUCACUGCCGACACGUACAGGGUUCCGGAUUCGAGGUAAGCGUACCGUGGGUGACAUGAUACACUUUCUUUUUCGUCCACCAAACCUCUCCGGCUCUGUAUUGCUCCUCAACUCAAAGCUUCCGAUUCGAUCAUGACAACAGAGUCUUAGCUCUACGAGUAGAUUGGUAUUUUCUUGCGUCAUAGUGUAUCUCAUUCUGCGAGAUUGCUUGCUGUGCGAUUGGUCUGUUUAAAGAUUUAUAGUGGGUGAUGCUCUGGUUCUGAUCUCAUGUUACCGGUCAAGAAAACUGUAGGAAUGCUUUCGUCAUGAACAGUUGAUGCGUUCGACUU